UUUUUUUUUUUUUCGGAGCUGGGGACCAAACCCAGGGCCUUGCGCUUGCUAGGCAAGCGCUCUACCACUGAGCUAAAUCCCCAACCCUCCUGUACUCUUUAUCUUCUUUUGGUUGGAGAUGGGCUUGCUGUGGCCUACCUCAGGCUGGCCUUUAUUUAUUUAACCUUUAACUCUCCUCAGUACUGGGAUUACACAUUCAGCUUGUUGUGACUUUUAUCCUAAAUUUAAAUCAGCUUAUACAUAUUUAAAGUUCAUCUUGGUAGGCAAGAAGGUUAAGGAGUUAGUCAUUUGAGGUCAAAUCUGAUGCCAUCAGUUUGCUUCCCAGAAUCCACUAUGCAACCAGUUCCUUAUGAAUCUUUUGGCAAGUCCUGACACACAGCCUUGUGCACCUACCCCAUAAGGUCCCAGACAGAAUGGUUCCCAAGCUCCUACAAGCCACUAUCUCCCACUGCUAGCCCCUCCUGUUUCCUCCCUGGGACCUCAAAUCUGCUCUUCACCCACCAUGUCCUUGAAGUCCUAUUUCGAGAUCAGCGUUUCUCAACCUGUGGGUCUCCACUCUUUAGUGGGGCUGUGGGUGUCGACUGACCCUUUCACAGGGGUUGCUAAGAUCAUUGGAAGACAUAUAUUUACAUAUGGUUCACAACAGUUGCAAAAUAACAGUUAUGAAGCAGCAGCAAAAAUAAUUUUAUGGUUGGGGUCACCACAACAUGAGGAACUGUAUUAAAGGGCUGCAGCAUUAGGAAGGUUGAGAACCACUGUUUUGAAUGGAAUCCUGGGGCUGGAGAGGGGAUGGCUCAGAGGUUAAGAGCACUGACUGCUCUUCCAGAGGUCCUGAGUUCAAUUCCCAGCAACCACUUGGUGGCUCACAACCACACAUAAUGAGAUCUGGUGCCCUCUUCUGGCCCUCAGGCAUACAUGCAGGGAGAACAUUGUAUAUGUAAUAAAUAAAUUAAAAAAAAAAAAAAGUCUUUGUAAAAGAAAGAAAUGGAGCCAGGCAUGGUGGCACAUACCUUUAAUCCCACCACUCUGUUUUGAGGCCAGGCCGGUCUACAGAGCGAGUUCCAGGACAGCUAAGGCUACACAGAGAAACUCUGUCUCGAAAAACAACAGCAACAACAACAACAACACACACACAGAGACAGAGAGGGACAUACACACACACACACACACACACACAUAUGCAGAGAGAGAGAGAGAAUGAGAGAGAGAAAUGGAGAAUGGAAUCACUCAGCCCUCUGAGUCUGGCUUUCCUCCAGCCUUCUACAUAGUAAUCUUUCAGAGUGCAGCCCUGCCUGUGUCUCUCCUUGCAGGGUCUGGCUUCUGCCCACCACUCCUGCCAGUCUGGACAAACAGGAUGGAUGGCUCUCAAACCUGGUUUGCAAAACAGCCACCUGCGGGCUUGUCAAUAUCUCACAUUCCUGGGGCUCUGCCUCAGAGCUGGAGACUCUGGUAGCUGAGGAGGGGCCCACGGAUCUGCUCUUCCCAUAGCAGCUUAAGAGACUUGGAGACCGUGCUCCCCGCCUUUUAAGAGCUGCAGUGGUUUUUCUCCACCCCUCCUGUACCUGCACAACCUGCCCAGGCUCACCUGAUGGCCUCCUUUCCUGUCCACCCCCACUCGCUUAGCUCUGCCUUCUGUGUUCCCUCCCAGCAGUUGCUUCUGUCCAGCAUGGUGGGUUAACCUCUCUGGUUCCCACUCACCCCAGGUUCCUCCCUGGCUUUAUUUUCAUGGCCUUCCCUGCCUCCCAUGAGUCACUCAACCUGACAAACUUGUCACCUGUCAUUUCUUAUUUGUGUGACUCUUAAAGGUCAGUCUCCCUGAUUGGUUUGCGGCCAGCUAAGGGCGGGUCUGUUUUUGUUGUUUUGCUCUGUAUACCCAGCACCAAGCACAGAUCUGCUAGGUUGGAUGUGAGUAAAUUGUCUCUUGUGACUUAUUCAAAUUGCUUCCUGGCCCAAGUAACCUGCCCCCUUCCCCACCUUUUUUUUUUUUUCUUCUUCUUUUUUUUGGAGCUGGGGACAGAACCCAGGGCUAGGCAAGCGCUCUACCACUGAGCUAAAUCCCCAACCCCCCUUCCCUACCUUUUUACUUUGCCCCGUUCAUACUAGUCUGUUAGUCUCUCUCUCUCUCUCUCUCUCUCUCUCUCUCUCUCUCUCUCUCUCUCUCUCUCUCUCUCUCUGACACAGGGUUUCUCUGUAUAGUCCUCACUGUCCAUGUAGACCAUGCUGGCCUCGAACUCAGAGAUCCACCUGCUCCUGCCUCUGGAAAGCUGGGAUUAAAGGCAGGUACUUCCACAGUCUGCUUUUCACACUCGUUUUUCAAGCAGAAAAGAUGGGGGGGGGAGGCUGUGCUUCCUCAGGGCAGACCCCUUAUCACCCCUCGGCUUGUUUGUUUUCUUAACUCUCACCCGUGGGAAGCUGGGAGGUGGCCCACUGCCUUUGAUCCGGGUCUCUCAACUCCUCUUCCUGAUCCUCAGAUGUUUGCUGUGGGCUGAACCAGAAAGCUGGAGUAACUGCUGCAAUAGUCAUCUGCACCAGGCCACAACGGUCGCCAGAACACCGUGGCCCCUCCCACCAGGCCACCUUGCUGCGCUUAGAUUUGAAACUGGAGAGCACCUGCUGCCCUGUAGGAAGGGCAAGAGCCAAUUCCAGGCGGUGCACAGUGAGGAGUCUCCACCCCUCCUCCUGCGCUUCCUUCUCCAGGGCGCCUCUCAGGCCCCGCCCUCACCUGCCCAAGAUAAUUUUAGUUUCCCUGGGCCUGGAAUCUGGAUACGCAGGGCUCGCUCCAUAUUCUCCCGCCUCAACAUCCAAAGGCGGGCUAACCCUCCUACCACCUGGAGAGAAGAGAGAGAGGGUUCGAAAUCAAAUCCAAGGGUCUGGGACCUCUAGACAGAGCCAGCCUUUGGGUCCCGGUGUCCCGCUCCUUCUGCUGGAGUUCCUCCAGGUGCCAUGGAACUGGAUCUGAGCCCGUCUCAUCUCAGCAGCUCCCCAGAAGAUGUGUGCCCAACUCCUGGGACCCCUCCCGAGACUCCUCCGCCCCCGGAUAACCCUCCGCCCGGCGAUGUGAAGCGGUCUCAGCCUUUGCCCAUCCCAAGUAGCAGGAAACUUCGAGAAGAGGAGUUUCAGGCAACCUCUCUACCCUCCAUCCCCAACCCCUUCCCCGAGCUCUGCAGCCCACCUUCACAGAAACCCAUUCUUGGUGGUUCCUCCGGUGCUAGGGGGUUGCUUCCUCGAGACUCCAGCCGCCUCUGUGUGGUGAAGGUGUACAGUGAAGAUGGAGCCUGCCGGUCUGUGGAAGUGGCGGCAGGUGCGACGGCUCGCCAUGUGUGUGAGAUGCUGGUGCAGCGAGCUCACGCCCUGAGCGAUGAGAACUGGGGCCUGGUGGAGUGCCACCCCUAUUUGGCUCUGGAGCGGGGUUUGGAGGACCAUGAGUCUGUGGUAGAAGUGCAGGAGGCCUGGCCUGUGGGUGGAGACAGCCGCUUCAUCUUCCGUAAAAACUUCGCCAAGUAUGAACUCUUCAAGAGCCCUCCGCACACCCUGUUCCCAGAAAAGAUGGUUUCCAGCUGUCUGGAUACACCAACAGGCAUAUCCCAUGAAGACCUCAUCCAGAACUUCCUGAAUGCUGGCAGCUUCCCUGAGAUCCAGGGCUUCCUGCAGCUUCGGGGAUCAGGCCGGGGGUCAGGUCGAAAGCUUUGGAAACGAUUCUUCUGCUUCCUGCGUCGGUCUGGCCUCUAUUACUCGACCAAGGGCACCUCUAAGGACCCGAGACACCUACAGUACGUGGCAGAUAUAAAUGAGUCCAAUGUGUAUGUGGUGACCCAGGGCCGCAAGCUGUAUGGGAUACCCACCGACUUCGGCUUUUGUGUCAAGCCCAACAAGCUUCGAAAUGGCCACAAGGGGCUCCACAUCUUCUGCAGCGAGGAUGAGCAGAGUCGGACUUGCUGGCUGUCCGCCUUCCGGCUCUUCAAGUACGGGGUACAGCUAUAUAAGAAUUAUCAGCAGGCCCAGUCUCGUCACCUGCGCUUAUCGUAUUUGGGGUCUCCACCCUUGAGGAGUGUCUCAGAUAAUACCCUGGUGGCCAUGGACUUCUCUGGCCAUGCUGGGCGUGUCAUUGAGAACCCCCAGGAAGCUCUGAGUGCUGCCACGGAGGAAGCCCAGGCCUGGAGGAAGAAGACAAACCACCGUCUCAGCCUGCCCACCCCGUGCUCCGGCCUGAGCCUCAGUGCAGCUAUCCAUCGCACCCAGCCCUGGUUUCAUGGACGAAUCUCCCGGGAGGAGAGCCAGCGGCUAAUUGGACAGCAGGGCCUGGUGGAUGGUGUAUUCCUGGUCCGGGAGAGCCAGCGGAACCCACAGGGCUUCGUUCUGUCUCUGUGCCAUCUGCAGAAAGUCAAACAUUAUCUCAUCUUGCCAAGCGAAGAUGAAGGCUGCCUUUACUUCAGCAUGGAUGACGGCCAGACCCGUUUCACAGACCUGCUGCAGCUGGUGGAAUUCCACCAGCUGAACCGAGGCAUCCUGCCCUGCUUGCUGCGCCACUGCUGUGCCCGUGUGGCCCUCUGAGGCCACACAAGCUGUUACAGCCAUGGGGCUGCUUAUCGCCCUUCUGCUCCGUUCAGUGGACUCGGUGCAGAUGGGUGGGAUGAUAAACAGAUGAAGAGCUCCCCCCACUUUUCUCCCACUUUUUUUUUUACCUCCCUCAGGUAAUGAAACAUCCCCCAGCCCUGUUCAUCCCUGACUCCUGUCCCCAAAGGAGGCAUUGUGGUCCUCUCCCCUUGGUAGAGCUCCUGAGGCAGUGAAGGGCAUUAUGAGAGGAGUAGGGGCAGCCCGGGUGGUCUCAUGCCCCACCCACACUCUGUACAGACUGAGAGGCCAGUUGAUCUGCUCUGUUUUAUACCAGUGAUAAUAAAGAUUAUUUUUUGAUACACCCACGA